UUUGUCCUGCCGAAAACCGCGCUUUUCACCGAGUUUUCACGCUGAUACAGCCGGAAUCCAGGACUUAGCCCAAGAUGGGGCUCCUUCCGUUGGAAUUUAGCGAGUGUUACACAGACAGCCCGUAUUUUCGGGACAACAUCCACACACACGAGGCCGAACUGGAGCGGACCUCUCAGGCCAUCAAGCAGCUCAUCAAGGAGUCCAAGACCCUUCUUCAAGCAGCCAGAAACCUGUCCAAGGCGCAGCGCAGUUUCUGCCAGCUGCUGCAGGACUUCAAGUUCGAGUGUAUCGGCAGCACCAUGACUGAUGAUGAGAUAGAGAUAGAGAGUUCCUUCAAGGAGUUUGGGCGGCUGAUCGGCACUAUUGAAGAUGAGCGAGACCGGAUGCUGGAAAAUGCCAUGAGUCACAUAAGUCUUAUGGAGAAUUUCCGCAAGACGCAGCUAGGAGUGGCCAAGGAGGAAAAGAAGAAGUUUGAGAAGCAGACAGAGAAAUUCUGUACAUCUCUGGACACAUACAUGAAACUGUCUGCCAAGAAACAGAAUGAGAAACUUCAAGAGGCGGAUGCCCAGCUGGACAUGGAGAAGAGACACUUCCAUGAAAGUUCCUUACAGUACGUCUUCAAGCUCCAGGAGGUUCAGGAGCGCAAAAAAUUCGAGUUUGUGGAAACGUUGCUGGGAUUCAUGUACGCAUGGCUGACGUUCUAUCACCAAGGUCAUGAGGUGGCCAGAGAGUUCAGGUCAUACGGCCAGGACCUCCAACUCAGACUACAGAACACAAGAGAGAGGUUUGAGAGCACCAGAACGGAGGCAGAGCACCUGAUGAGGAAGAUGCAGGAGAAGCCGAUUGAGCAGGGUCCAAAUAAGAUGUACACGAAGCAGGGCUACCUGUUUGUACAGGAGAAAAGACCCAUUGGUUAUGCCUGGGUGAAGCACUACUGUAUGUACCAAAAGGAGAACAAGAUCUUCACCAUGAUCCCCUACACACAGACCCAAGGAAAACUGACCAGCAGCACAGAAACAAUAAUUCUCAAGUCCUGUGUAAGGAGAAUGUCAGACUCCAUAGACAAGAGGUUCUGCUUCGACAUCAUGGCCAAUGACAAGGCCACGACCAUCACUGUACAGGCCAUGUCUGAGGACGACAGAAAGGCGUGGCUAGAGGCCAUGGAUGGCAAGGAACCAUCGUUACUCUUUCAGAUUGGGCCCUAUCAGCCUCCACCUGAAUACCGACAUAAGAUCUACCAAGUGCCUGGUACGCCAUCUUCAACUGAAGAAACACCUUAUCCUGUUCCAGUCUGGAAUGUAAUGCCAUUCUUAGUCACAAAGAAGAGUAGUGUGGAGUCAAUCACAGGUACGGAGACUUGUCCUUCUCCGGGGUGCAGGUGGAUGGUACUCCGACAUGACUUGCUGAAUGACAUAGGGUUCACCUUCAUCAAGAGAUGUAUUCAGUCUAUAGAGACAAGAGGUAUUGAGGAGCAGGGCCUGUACAGGGUAGUGGGCGUCAACUCGAAAGUCAAGAAGCUAACAGAACUGUGUCUAGUAGACAGGAGAAAAGCAGACAAGGUCGAUUUGGACGAGUACGAGAUCAAAACCAUCACCAGCGCGCUGAAAAACUACUUCAGCCCACCAUCGAGUGCAUUCCAUAAUGUAGGGUUACCUGAACCACUACUGACAUUCAAGCUACACCAAGAGUUUAUAAAUGCAGCAAAGCAAGAGUCCAGGACCUUGAGGAUCAACGACAUCCACAGGCUGGUGCAUCAGCUGCCUGAGAGCAACUUUGAGAUGCUGGACAUGCUGAUUGGUCACUUACUCAAUGUUGCAAAUCAUUCCAAGAAAAACCUGAUGUCCAAGCCAAACCUGGGCGUGGUGUUCGGCCCCACCUUGAUGAGACCAGCAGAGGAGACGGUUGCCGCCAUCAUGGACAUCAAGUUCCAGAACAUCAUCGUGGAGAUCCUCAUAUCCAACCAUGAACAGAUUUUUAAGACAGCACCAGAAGGCCAGGAGCUGUCCUAUCGAGGGACCAGAGCUCUGCCAGUGGCCUCCCCUCGGGAAGUUGCCAAAAAUGCCCAGUUCCCGAUGCCAUCAGUCCCACCUCCCACUGCAGCCCCACCGGCCCCUCCCCCAGCCUCCGCCAAGCCCACUAAAGCCAACCGACCCGUGGGGAUGUACAGCCCUAACCCCACCCCUGCACCCAGGUCUCCCACCAGGACCAACUCAACUACCAAGUCUACAGAAAAUUCUUCAGGCGCGUACAGCAACUCCCACAGCAGCAGUUCGGAAUCGCUGAUCUCCAGAUCGUCGAACGACACGCAGUCAUCCCAGUCCAGCCCACAGCUGACCAGGCUGCAGGGAGGCACGCACCUCAACAACCCUGUCUACUCCUCUCUCCAUCUGUCCUCAAACCAGAACCAGAAUUGUCAGCCCAGUACCAAGCCAGAACCUUUGAGGAAAACCAAACACCCCAGGAAGUUCGUUUGUUUAACAGCUAGUCUGACUCCCAGUCCUCCCUCAUCCAGACCUGCCCAGAACCAGACAUCCGGCGCGCCCGCACCCAUGGCCAGGCUCAAGUCCAAAUGUGUGAAAGCUCUGUACGCCUGUGAGGGGGAGAAUGAGCAGGAGUUAUCCUUCAGACCAGGACAGAUCAUAUACAAUGUGAAACCUUCUAAUGAGCCAGGCUGGUUGGAAGGCUGGCUGGAUGGGAAGAAAGGACUUCUACCUGAGAACUAUGUGGAACCCUUCUAGCACUGCUUGUGUUCUUUAGGAUCUUACUUGUCUCUACUUCUUAAACUGAACCACUUUGUCUUUGUACCUGAGACGCAACAACACCAUAAGGAAGACAACCCUCCCUGGGUGAUAGACCCUGAAGAUGGAACUUGUUUGUUCUUGGAAUGUGUGUAGAACUGCCACGGCUGUGUUCAACUACUACAUACACCUCUGAAGACAUUCAGUCCCACCAGAGCAGUUACCCUUGUACAGUAGAAACAUAAUUUUAUCGUACACAUGUGUACAAAGACAUUUUACCAAAUAUUUGCAAGAACACAAAAACUUCAGCACCAAGGACAGGUACAACAUGUAUAAGCUACACCCCUUCAUCUACAUUGUCACUGCCAUUUGCCAAUCAGCUCAGCCCCUACACUAAAUAUGCUUGGGAUGGUUAGUGCUUAGAGGAAGACUCCAGAUGAAAAGGUUGGUGUGUUAAACUCAGACUCACUAAUAGAUAGAGAAAUUACAAGAGAAAGCAACCUGUUGGCACAGCUUCCUGUUAACAGUUUGGGGCUUACAUACUGGUGUGUAAAAAUGUGUGCAUGACAUGGCAACAGUGAUAAAUAAAGCUACAGCAAAGCGCCUCUGUGUAUCUCAUGGCAGGGGUUGGGUGGGGUCACUCUCUACAGUACGCUGCUACUUAUGUACAGAAGGCAAGGUGUAAGGAUAAUAAACAUAGGGCUAGAAACAACCUGGUAGAAAUGUGUGUCUGUUUCUUGUACAGCCUAAGGGAUAUGUCAGGACUGUGUAAGAUAUGAGGCUCUAGAAGGAUUGGUACAUUGGUAGAUUAUUGGAAACUUUAUUGCCUUAGGUUUGGAUGCAGUGAAAACAAACAAUGCAAACUUUCCUAUGUAAUUGUAGUUAUGGGAAGUUCCAUUUGCUUGCCUGUACAAGAGGCAUUUUAUGAGGGAAGAACAAAUAAAGCUUUUACACAUGUUUAAUUAUGAACAUUUACAGUAUGAAUGUAUGAUGGAUAUCCCUAUCUCACUUCUGUAAUGUUGAAAUAUAUUACGUUCAUCAGACCAAUUAUUAUUUGUCUACAAAUGUGUAUGAUUUGCUUGUCAUAAAUACAAUAUAUUAUGUACUAAGUAAAGCACAAUAGAGAACUAUAAUUGAUUAGAACCAUGAUGGUUUGAGAAAGAGUUACACUCUAUCAGUAUCAGUAUUUCUUGACUGCUAAGAUUCAAGAUUGCGAUAAUUUAUGAGUUGAUGAUACACUUAUAGAUUACACUUUAUAGUAAUCAUUUUUUCCAAAGCAUUCAAGUCAUGGCUUUCUGAAAAUUGACUGUAGAUUUGCUUUUCCUUUGUAAAGACAGAAAAUACAAUGUACACAUUGGUGUGUCUUUCCUGUACAUACACAGAGGAAAUACUGUAGUGAACUUUGGUGCUGAUCGAAAAUCUCCAUCAUUCUUCAACAUUUCAUCUUUCAUUCCCUCUUCUCUUGAUUGUAUGUAAGUUUAAAUGUAUGUAUAUUAUUAUUGUUGAACAUAUUGUUCAAGUUUCUUUUCAAGUGUCUGUACAUUGGCUUGAUUUAGUUUGAUUUUUGCCAUCAUCGUUUCUGUACUUCUCAUAAUGAGAUGUCACGUUGAGAAACUUUCUAUAAGAGAAGCUGUUUUGACCUAGUGUUGGAUAUGUCUUGGCAAGGUGUAUAUACCCAUAUUUCCAGGACUAAUGAAUAGAAUGUAUAGUGUAUAAUGUGUAUUGAAGUGACAUAUGAAUGGCUGUGUUUUCCUACAUUGUAUUCCAGCUGUAGUGUUGGCAUCAGCGUGGACAUCUCCAUAAGUUUCAACUGUUCAGUCCAACUAUUGUAGUGCUAUGCACAUGAUACAUGGACUAGACCUUUGUUGAUUACUAGUACCUGUUUAUGUAACACUAGUGCACAGACAGGGUCAGUUCAUAAGACAUAUUUUAUUAUUGGUUUAAGAUAAUUGUUUUACGUAUAUAAUUAUGAUAAUGUACAUGUAAAGAGAACACACAAAAGACAAGAAAAGAGUGGAAACUAUUUUUACUAUCCAUGUUGAUACACUGAUGUAGGAGAAGCACAGCCACACUGCAGACAAUGUGAAUGGAGAAAUAAACCUAAUUCCAGAAUCCA